AUGAGAGUCAGAAGCCGCCCUCUGUUGAAGGCGUGGCGGGUGGGCGACGGCGAUCCGUCUUUGCAACGCAAAAUACGAGGCUACUUCCAAAACAUUGACCUGGGUCUCCAAGACAACGAGAUCCUGCCGCCUCUGAAGGGCUACAAGGCGUACAACACCCAGCUGGCACGGGCCGGAAAGAAGCUGCACUGGGAGGAGAACCGGGACCGCAACCGGCCCGCCAACGGAGGGGGCAACUUCAUGGACGACUAUGAGGACGAAGGCGAGGAGGUCGAAGGAGAAGAGGAGAGCCUCUCCCACGUGGAGGAGGAGCGAGCCAGGGAGGAGGAGCAAAGGCUGGCGGACAUCGCCUCCGACAUGCUGCUGCAGUACAUGGGCCGGAAGCAGCGGGCCUACAUGAAGCCCCGGCAGAAGAGCAGCGCGGCGGGGCCCGCCGGCAACACGGCCGAGGACAAGCGCUCCGAGGAGGUCCUCCCCGACGACGACGACGACGUGGACCAGCAGAUGAUCGACCGGCUGAUCGAGAUCAGCAGCAAGCUCCACCUGCCCGCCGACGACGUCAUCGAGAUCAUCAGCGACGUGGAGGAGAAGAAGAAGAAAAGGAAAGCGCUGCGACGGAUGCCGAUGGACAGCGACCCCGUGGCCCCGCGCUUCAGGCCCCUGGUGCCGCCUCCUCUGGCCGCGCCGCCCAUCUACCACUACACCGCCUCGAGAAACCCAAAGAAAGCCCCCUACGGGUACAACAAGUCCAACAGGAAAUGGCAGAAGGACAACGUCAUGUCAUACAAGCAGGACUAUUGGUAUCAGCCUCAGAAGCAGCUCGACUACUGGUUCAAGCCCCAGAAACAGUUUUUAGCCUUCCCCUCCUAUCCGUACUACCAGAAGCCGUAUCGAGCCUACUACCCCGUUUACUUCCCGUACCCCAAACCGCAAUAUUACGGCAAGCCCUCCCCCCCCAGAGACCAGCCGUUCGGCCCCCAGGGACUCGCCCUGCAGCCCCCGAGGCGCAGGCACCGGGCCGGGGGUAAGAGCCGCGGGCAGGGCUGGAGGCAGCAGCCGGCGCCGCGCCUGCCCCCCACCCCUUACAUCUCCAACUACAUCCUCCCUCACCCACGGACCUACCGACCCCUCCCUCCGCCCAAACCGAUAACCACACCCAGGAGAGGGAGGCGCCCCCCGCCCCCGUUCUACGAUCAACCGGUCGCCCCGAGAGACGACUACGAGGAAGACGGGCUGGUGCCUCAGUUGGACAGUGAGGAGGAGCUGGAGAACUUUAUCGAGAGGAUCUACAUGAAACGCAGAAUGUAUUGA